GCCAGGAAUACCUACGAUGGGAGGUCGUUCAAGACCUUCUUUCUUACGUCAGUUGUCGACAAGGAUGGCACAAAUUGGGUCAAGGAAGACAAGAAGGUCGGCCUUGACUUGCGGCUCUUUCAAGGCUACAACGUCAAGGCUUUCUCCAUGAAAGUGUUUGACGUGCGAGGGGACGGCACCGAGCUUCGCAUGCUGACUGCGAAACAGUUCCUCAGUAGAAUGAAUGGCUACCGCGUCACUGACUGCCUUCCUGUCGUUGAAAGGUGCUUGGAGCUCACCAAACCCUUGGUGAAAUUCAGCAGCCCGGCGGACCAACUGCCAGGCGUUGUUAAGGAGUACACGGAAGCCUUCUCGAGGCUGCCUCUGGACCAGCAAGCCGACUGCGCUUUCGUGCCCUUUGUCACGAGCUCGAGGAAAUCGCGACAGACGCCAUCCGCGCCGGUUGGGAAGAGGAAACAGUUGGCUGCUUGUCAAGCUCCGCCUUUGCCAGCCGCGUCGCCCUCGCCCUUGCCCUCGAUGAGGGGAGGUCACGAUAUCGCUCAAUGUUCCAGCGAGGCUACGGAGUACGAUGACAGAAAUCUGUACGGACGCAAAGCUCCGCGUGACAGUGCUCGGGAAGGUGCGACUGCCCUCACUGAGCGAAACGAGGAGGAAGAAGAUGGGGAAGCUGCGGUCCCGGGCCACGUGAAGACGACGGUGAUGACGAGUAUAUGGACGUUGGGGAUGAGAACAUGCAGGACCAAAACAUGCUUAGCGAUGAUGACGUCGGUGUCACGUCGAAGCAUGGCCAUGGUGACAUCCCCACCGGUUUUGUGGGAGCGGCUGUUGGUCGGCCCUUGUGUGCUUUUAUUGGGUAGGGCGCACGAGGGUCUUGUGUGGGAAUUCUUACUGGCAAAGAAUAAUGUCAUUGCCUGUGACGAGUCAGCAAAGGACAUUGCAUACUUGACAAAGUUCAUCGAUAUACCUAUCAAGGACGACAGAUUCAACUGCCACGUCGAGAAACCGCGUUGCAAACAUCGCCCGAACAGGGACAUGUUCCACAAGUUGGGGCCUAAGAGACUGAAGGUGUGGGAGUACCUGUUCUGCGAUAUGCCACAAGGACGGCUUGACGGGAAAUAUAUAUACAGGAAAGCAAAGGCAACAGAGACCCUCAAAUAUUAUCACGGUGCUCUCACUAGCGCCUUUGAGACAAUUGUUGCUCGAUGCGAGAUCCACAAGUUCGAUCUUCGCAAAGACCAAUUGACGUCCAAGGACUACGCGGAGCUCGCGAAAUCGGGCGAUGGCUUUAACCCCGUCGAGAGCGAGGAAGAUUCUUCGGACUCUGACCUCGAACUGGGCGAGGACACAUGUGCUAAGGUUCCGCGCGGAGGAAUGGUGCAAGCUCAUGAUGACGGAACUGUCCAUUCGCACGAAGGGCCCAUCCCAGUGGUCGCCCCAAGCGUCGCCUCAAUGGUGGCCCCGUCGGAGACUGCUGCAUUGCAAGACAAUGGAAGAUGCAGUGGCAAUGAAGAAGACGAUAUUGAGAUACCAGGCGAGGCGUCGACGCUCGCACCAGGUGAUGCAAUUCCUCCAGGCUACUGUGCUGACCCGAACACGAUUUAUUUCUUGGAGGGCAAACACACCCACACAGGCGAGGAUCAAUGGGGCCAUGACAUCAUAUGGCAUGAGGGCGUUUUACAGCCGUGCAUCCAAGAUGGAGAGUGGAAGAUGGCGGUGAAAUACACAAGCGGUUGGAAGACUUUUCGCCGGAUGUCAAAGGACAUCUGGUUGAAAACGACGGAGCUCGCGAUCCUACAUCGCGUGUGCGUCGAGAAUCCAGGGCAAAGCGAGGCCGCGAUCAAAGCCAAGGCUGAAGAAUUGUUUAAUGUCUUGCGCGACAAUCGGUAACUGGAGUACAACAACAAAUUUUAUGCCCUGCG